AUGAGCGAGGGCCCCGUGCCCCGGAAGGGGAGGGCCGAGAGCCGGAAGCGCUCCUCAGCGGCCCGGAUUCGCUCGCCCUGUGUGCAGCUGCAGCGUCGCGUCCUUCGCCGCCGCCCUCCUCUUCCUUCCUUCCUUCUUUCCUUCCUUCCUUCCUUGAUCUCCGCGGCCUGCUCCUCUCGCUCGCCGGCCUUCUUGCCUGCCUGCCUGCCUGCCUUCGCUUGCUUCCCUCCCUCGCUCGCCGCCAUGUCUCCGGUGCGGGCCGUGGUGGCGCUGCUGGCUGCGCUCUGGGGCCCGGCGGCCGGGUACUUCGUCAGCAUCGACGCGCACGCGGAGGAGUGCUUCCUGGAGCGGGUCCCGUCGGGGACCAAGAUGGGGCUCAUCUUCGAGGUGGCUGAGGGAGGCUUCCUGGACAUCGACGUCGAGAUAACGGGCCCUGAUAAAAAGGUCAUCUACAAAGGAGACCGAGAGUCCAAUGGGAAGUAUACCUUUGCUGCUCACAUGGAUGGGACGUACAAAUUUUGUUUCAGCAACAGAAUGUCCACCAUGACUCCCAAGAUAGUGAUGUUCACUAUAGAUAUUGGUGAAGCACCAAAGGGGCAAGAUAUGGAGACAGAAGCUCACCAGAACAGGUUAGAAGAGAUGAUUAAUGAAUUAGCAGUGGCCAUGACAGCUGUCAAGCAUGAACAGGAAUAUAUGGAAGUUCGUGAAAGGAUACACCGAGCAAUUAAUGACAACACAAACAGCAGAGUGGUCCUCUGGUCGUUUUUUGAAGCUCUUGUAUUAGUUGCCAUGACACUGGGACAGAUCUACUACCUGAAGAGGUUUUUCGAAGUCCGGAGAGUUGUUUAAUCAGCCCCUCCCCCAUUCUCCAGGGAUCCCAGAUUCUCCAUUCACCGUAUACCAAACGACUUGGUUACCAAGAUUAUUUAGUUUACUUUACCCUUGCGUUCUGAAUGAUAAAACCUGUUUUAAGUUUCUUCUUAGGUGAUUUUUAUAUAGAUAUUCUCUAUAGGGGAAUAAUGUGCUGAGAGCUGUUCAUUCAAAUCGGCAGAUUUUUUGUUUCUCACACGCCAAAGUGGGUUUAACCAAAAUUGCAAGAUUUAAGGCUGUACUGUUAGUCUUCUUAAGUUCUUCUUCCUUGAGUCUUUUAUCCCCCUCCCCUUUUAGUAAGGAAAUCCUUUUUUUGUCUAGGAAAAGUGAUACAAUGCCCUAAAAGUGACUUUUUCUUAAUACUGUUGAAACCUGUAAGGAAUCUCUUAAUUCAAUAAUUGUACAUGGGAGAGGAAUCAUGGCCAUACUACAGGCCCUGGCAGUAUGUCCUCGAAAGUACAGAGCAUGUUCCUGUUUAGGCAGCAUCUGAAAUAUCUCCAGUACUUUUAUGUUAAUUGUACUGGGUGGUUCUUUACAAUUCUUAUUAAUUUGAGAUCAAAAUGCAAAACUGAUCAGGUAGCCAUGUGAUGUGGGUGUGCAAGCCAGUGGAAAGGCAGCCAGUUAUGGGAAUUUAGUCAAAUAUAUUGUUUCCCUUUUUUUUGCUUCCAGUUCCAAUCCUCCUCCCGUGUUUUAACGCUAUCCUAGUACUAUGUUCAGGAUGCCGAUUCCCGAUGCCAAAGGGUUAAAAGUUGGAGGGGCAGGAGGUGAUUAUCGUGCUUGGCAGCCCAUAUUUUUAAAAGCCACGGCUGUGUUGUUGAAUGAUCCUACGAACACCAUGAUUUGUAACCAUCUUUUCUAUGAGGGAGAUUUGUGUGCCUUUUAAGUGGCAGAGAAAAAUGAAACGUGCUGUUUUUCACUGCCAGUGAAUCUUCCCAAGAGGCUUUUGUGCAUUUAAUAGCGACACAAUAUAGAAGCUUAUCCAGUGUAGCUGCCCAUUAUUAGAACAUGGGGAUGCAAACCUAUACCUGUUGAAUUUUUCUUUGUUGAACUGCUGUUACAGACACAGGAGCCUCUGUCAAGAAAGGAGUUGGCGCUCUCAAUUAGGAACAUGUUGAAAUAUCAAUGCAUUUUGUGCUUUUUCUCUCUUCAAACACACAUUGACUGCAGUUUUUGUACAAACUAUUUUUCUUCUUGUUAUUUGGAUGAUGGGUUUUAAAAUUGCCGCAUCUGUCUGUGGGAGCGGGAGCGGGUGCUGAUCCAAGAUUAUGUUGUGGCUCAUGUAUAUUGAACUGAUGUAUAUUGGUUGUAAUUUUGGGGAUGGGUGGGCAUGGGUUCUUUUCAAUUUGGGAAGGGGAGCACAAUGCAUAAAGAGUUUUGUACCAAAUUUAAUUUAAUUAAAAUUUGUUACAAGUUUUCAUGGUUCAAGCAAUUUUUUUGAGCCCCAGGUAGUUAUCUAACAGCAAUUCUUCAAAUGGUUGUCUAGCCCCCUCUCAGUGCAGCUGUUGUAUGCCAACUCUGUGUAUGAGACAAAUGGAAUUCCAAUUGUACAUUGAAAAGUGCUUGAAAUGUUGCCGGAUUCGAUAAAUAAACACAUUCUUUAAAAAAAAAAAGAAA